AUGCAUGGAGACCCCUCUGUCGUCUUCAACGGUGAAAGCACUGCUGAAAACCUUAUGGUUGUCUCCAGUGUGGAAAGUAGUGGUGUCCCCUUGGUUGUGUCCACCAGGGAGGGUAAUGCUGUAUACCUCACAGUAAUCUGCAGCGAGGGCAUUGCUGAGGACCCCUUGGUUGUCUCUACUGGCAUUGCUACGGACUUAUUUGUUGUCUUUACAAGAGAGGGUAUUGCUGAGGACCCCUUGCUUGUCUCUACCAAAGAGAACAUCGCUGAGGACCCCUUUGCUGUCUCUACCAGAGAGGGCAUUGCUGAGGGCCCAUUGGUUGUCUCUACAAGAGAGGGUAUCGCUGAGGACCCAUUGGUUGUCUCUAUUGGUGAGGGCAUCGCUGAGGACCCCUUGGUUGUCUCUACUGGUGAAGGCAUUGAUAAGGACCCCUUGGUUGUCUCUACUGGUGAGGGCAUUGCUGAGGACCCAUUGGUUGUCUCUACAAGCGCGGCCAUCGCUGAGGACCCCUUGGUUGUCUCUACCAGAGAGGGCAUUGCUGAGGACCGCUUGGUUGUCUCUACCAGAGAGGGCAUCGCUGACGACCCCUUGGCUGUCUCUACUAGAGAGGGCAUUGCUGAGGACCCCUUGGUCGUCUCUACAAGAGAGGGCAUCGCUGAGGACCCCUUGGUUGUCUCUACAAAAGAGGGCAUUGCUGAGGACCCCUUGGUUGACUCUACAAGAGAGGGCAUCGCUGAGGACCCCUUGUUGGUAUUUACAAGAGAGGACAUCGCUGAGGACACCUGGAUUGAGGUCCUCCUGCCCCAUGAGGCUGCAUUAUGUGAGAACACAGUGUGUGUCCAAGGCUACAUCAUGUGA